CCCGUUGUUAACAUCUCUGUUGAGUCACUAAACUUUAGUGGACCACCUCAAUAUUAUUGAACACUCGGUGCUAAUGCUUUGUUCUAUCACUAUAGAAGGGUAAACCAUUAUUACUGGAUAGGUUAGCUACCUAGCAACUUGUAAUUGGGUAUUGUGACACAGGAACAUUUAAAGCAGUGGUGGCUAGCCUGUGGUCCUCCGGCCUACACACAUCAUCUAUGCUGGGUGGGGCUGAUGAGAGGUGGAGUCCACCACUUCGUGCAGAACUACAGGUUAGCCACCCCUAUUUUAACAGGUUAACCAUCAUGCUUGUCUGCAUAUGUGAUAAUGCUAAUUUCAGAGAUGUAAGGAACAUGCAUCUGCUCUGAAUUUCCAGUAGCAGCAUCUGUGGAUAGGGACAGUGAUAAGAAAUGUACCUAGAAGAAUUGCAGCAAUGCUUCUUGGUUGAACUUUUUGAAAGGAAAGGAAAGCCCUUAUUGUACAAGCAGCUGGUAGUGGAACUAGGCUAAUAAACAUUGCUAGAUCUUAUUGCUGUCCUUUUUAAAAGAUAUAAUUUCCUAUAUUUUAUUGGCACCAAUAUUUUAAAAUAUUUGGAAAUACAUAAUGAGAUGUCAGUUCUAUUACUGAGAAUAAAACUUCAUCAACUGGAGUAAAUUACACAAAAGUCAAAAUGUUUCAAACUGGAAAGUGUUAUUAUUCAUACUCACAUUCCAGGAGCUGAGGUGCUUCCUUAAAAAAGAAAAAAGUUAAGAAUUAUAGCAAAUUAUGUCAAAAGUGUUUUCUUUUCUGUCCUGAUAUAAUAGAUCUCAGGGUGUUUUGCCUUCACAUCAUUUGCUUUCCAAUUUGAAUUAAAGCUAUUAUGCCGAGUGGGUGAGACCCUGGCAUUAAACAGUGCGCUGUUUAAUAUUCAGAGUUUACAUCCAGUCUGUGUGGAAUGAAUGGAGCGGAGGUUUGUCCUAAUCACGUCCGGGUUAGUAUGGCAAUUCCUAUUAAAGGAUCCAUCUACUACAGACAGAAUUUUAUUAUAGCACGUUCAGCAGAAGGAACAUCCUGGCACCUGCAUCUGAAUUGCCAUGGAGAGACACUCACUACUUUGUGCCUCUUAAUGCUCUUUAUAGUACUGGAAGCUUACAUGAUAAAAAGGGGUUUAUUUUAGAAGACAAGGCUUUUAGUGUUGCAGUAAAUUCUCAUACACAGGAUUAGUCUGAUGGGCUCAUUAUUGUAACUUACAGUCAUUUAUUUAUGCUCAGGAGUGAAGAAGCAGGAAAGUGAAAUUACACACAUCAUUAAUACUUUCCAAAGCUUGUCUAAUGUCUGCUAUUACUUCCUUUUCUACUUUAAUGCUGCUCAAUGUUUUCUCUCUCAAGACAGCCAGAGAGCACUAAUAAUCCCAUUAAGUAGGUUACCUUUCAGUCAUUAGCUAUAUGGGGUCUCUUCUUCCCAAAUAUGAAGUGAUCUGCAUAUUGUCCUCAGUCUCAAUUUGCCUAAUACACAGUUCAGAAUCUUUAACAUAAAUCUGCACAAUCUGUAUAUGUUUAUAUUAUUUUUCAUCUUUCCUUCAAGGAACUGAAGGUGGCAAAAAUACCCCCCUCCUUUAACCUCACAAAAAUCCUGUGACAUACACAACACUAAUGACUAGCCCAAGAUCACCUAGUGAGGUUCUUGGCUGGCAGAAUUUGAAAAUGGGUCUCCCCAGUGCUAAUCUGACACUCUAGUUAAUGUGGUCACUAUUAGUGAUGUAGUAACAGGGGGACUGAAUUGCUAUGAUCAAUAUUUAUAGCCUGCAGCCAUAGGCCAUUGCCAGUACAAUGAGAUACACAAACAUAAAAGAUAAGGAAAUGAAAUUUCUACUUAAAAUUAAAAUUACCUUAAAGCUUAUUUGUGUUGCUCUUAAUUGUAAAGGUAAAGGUAAAGGGAUCCCUGACCAUUAGGUCCAGUCGUGGCCGACUCUGGGGUUGCGGUGCUCAUCUCGCUUUAUUGGCCAAGGGAGCCGGCGUACAGGUCAUGUGGCCAGCAUGACUAAGCCGCUUCUGGCAAAUCAGAGCAGCGCACGGAAAUGCCGUUUACCUUCCCACCGGAGUGGUACCUAUUUAUCUACUUGCACUCUGACAGGCUUUCGAACUGCUAGGUUGGCAGGAGGCUCUUAAUUGUACUUUGCUCAAAUUAACAAGUCACUGUUGCAAACCACUGACAUUUGGUUCAAAAUUAUUGCCAUCACUCAUGUUCUUGCUUCCACUGCUUCACAUGACCGGGUGCAGGGGCACUAGAUGGGUAUUUGAGGUCUCUGACACUGUUUUGCUCAUGUGGACUGUGUACACACUUCCAUGCUUGGAAUAAAGCUCCCUUUACUCACCCACAUGCAUCACAGUAGCUUGGACUAGAUGACACUCGAGGUCACUUCCUACUCUACAAUUCUGUGACUCUAUCCCUUGUGUAUAUUGGUAUGGUUUCUUGGCAUGAAUGCUGUGGAAGUGCUGGCUGCAAGUAUGCAGGCUGGAGAAGGGGCUGCAAUGUGUGCAUGCGUUUGUUUACAGUGUCGUGUUUUGGCAUGCUCAUUUGUGUGUGUGUGUCUGUGACUGGCCAUGCAUGGGGUGGCAGAAAGUGUGCCAGGAUUGGGUGGUGGUGUUGCUAUGGAUGCAGUGAGUGUCCAUUAUCUUCACUGAGCUUGGGCAGUUUCUGUAGUCCCUCCUAGCCACCACUGUGUGGGAUAUGGAUCAAGAGUUUUUAUGCCAGCAGAUUGCAGCAGCCAUGCAACAUGGCAGAUUCCUAUAAUUUAGUUUGCUCUACUGGGCUGGUAAUAUUUACUCCUGUUCACUUCCUGGAUAAAGGUUUUUUUUGUUUAAGUUGUUCACAAACAGGUAUAGAAAUAGCUGGACACGUGCCCAGAACAAAAAAAAAGGCCUGGAAACUGAGGAAAGGGACAGUAAAACAGCCCAAAUACCUUCAAAUUCAUUAAUAAGGAAAACAGAUAGACAAGGCAGCGUAACGGAAACAUACCAACUCAUUCUACAAAGCUCAGCUAGCAGCAGAACAGCAAUGAAUAAAGGAAAUGUGUAGAGGCUAACAUGCCAAAAAUGCACACAGGAAAAAUUGGACUUGAUGACCUGUUUGCAAUAUAAGGUCCCUGUCUGGAAAUCCACUAUGUUCCUUAAAUGUACCCUGAAACGGGGAAUAUUAUUUUUAGCGAACUACAUACACUUUGUUUCAUGGGGCUUCAUGUAAACCACACUGAGGAUUCAAAGUACAGUCUUCAUAAGUUUAUAUAAGAGAAAAGGUUGCAGGAAAGCCUUCCAACUCCCUGCACAUCUCUUGGAAAAGGAAGAGAACCAGCAGCAUCCAAACCUAGCCCAAGCAGCAUCUUAGUUAGGAGAAAAAAGGCUGAAAAUUCUGUAACAGCAGGGGGAAGCUGAUGCCGGUCCUUUUCUCCAUUCUCCUCUGUAUAUAUCGUUAAAAACAAGAAGUUGAGAGUAGCAGGUAUAUAUUAACCAGCUGUAUCUCCGUUUCUUGUUUGCGGCACAGUUUACAUCAGUAUCUCUCUAGAUCGAUAGUUUUAAUGGACCUAUGAAAGGAAGUCGCCAACAACAUUACCAAUAUGCAGGCCUGAUACACAAAACUUACUUAAGCAAGACAUUUUGUCCGCAUUCCUGGGACUCCAAGCUGGCGCCUAAUGGACUGCGAAAAGGAACAGCCGCAAAGCGACCCAUUCCGCCCUAGUACAACCGCUUGAAGUGCUGGCUCUGAACAACAACUUUUUCCAAGCCUGCUGACUAAGCAAAAAGUUAGCAUGUUGAAGUUAUAUAUUUUCCAAGCCACCUAUCUACCCUCUUGCUUCGAUCCGUCUACGCUGAAGAGUGUAAACAACUUGCCUGCACAGGUGUGUGGGGCCUAAGGCCGAGGCAGCCAGUUGCAUGCUGGGAGACGUAGUAUUUUCUCACGAAAGGAACUCAGCAGCGAGGAAGCUGCCGCACUACACUACCCAGAAUUCCUCUGCGAAGAGAGGUGUGAGGCGCCGCCCUUUGCCUACCUGAGCGCAGGUUGUGGGUUCCCAUAGCAACAGGGAAGAGGGUUAGUUAUGAAGACGCCUCCUUGUCCCCUCAGCUGCUAAAAUUGUUAUCUUCGCUCAAGAGGGUUUGUUGGGGGUGCAACUGGGCCAUGACUUCUUGAGUUAGAGGUUGGUGUUGCUUCUUUUAUUCAUUGGAGUCUCGCGUGCUGGGUCUUCUCUGUACUAGGCCAGGAAGAGAGAAACACGCACGUGUCAUGAUGGUGAUAAAAAAAAAAGGCUUUCUUCUUCUUAAGGCCUCCAAGAGUGGAGCUUAGGCAACGUGAGACUAUUACUGUGGGAGAGGUAACAGCUUCUGGCUGUGCCUUCGUUCAGUACAAAAGCCGUAUGUUGGGACAUACAGUGAAAAUGGGAUUGCUGCCUUUAGUAUAGAUUAAUCCGUUCUUCCUUUUUGUAACACAAUUUUAGCGUUAUUUUGCAGGUAUUCCUCAGCAGUGAUUAUGAUUGCCCAUGUUAGGAAUUGAGGUUGAAGUUAAAUUUGCAGCUUGAAAUUGGUGUAGAAGUAGUCCCCACAGUAGGACCUUGGGGCAAAGUGUGUGGGUUGGAGGUUUGCCUAGCGUUGUGUUGAGAUAAUAAUCCAUAUUUUUAAUUGAAAAAGGCUUGGGACACCUAAACAAAACAUGAACUCCCCUAACUAAAAGACCUAUAGCUUGAUCCUGUUUACCCGGAAGUCAUUAGUGCAAAGUUGAAUGGGGCUUACUCCUAAGGAGGUCAACAUAGGAAUACAGGUUUUGGAUUAAAUUGUAUGCAUACAAUUUGUGCAUACAAUGCAUACAAACAGUAGGACUUGCUGCUUUUGAGUAAACAGGCAUAAGAUCUACUGAGGUGGGGUGGGGAACAGGAACUUAACAUUUCCGUCUUAAAACCAUUUAAGCAAGUCAAAUUGAUUUUAGUGAUCCAGGCAACAGUAUUUACGACUACACCACAUAUUCAGUUUUCUUAUUUUAAUUUGUGUUCAUUAAAAAAGUGUAGGCGCACAAUCUAGCCAAUGUUUGAGACGUUUUUAACAACACAAACUUACACAUAUACUCAGAAGCAAGUAACUUUGCUCAGUGGGGCUUAAUUCCUGGUAAGUGCACAGAUGAUUGCAGCUAGGACCUCCUUAUACUUGGUGGGACAGUGCUGAGUAUACACUUAGGCUUACCACAUGAACCCUUUGUUCCUUAUUGAAACUAAUGGGACUCAGAAGUGCUUAACUUUGGCUGGGUGUGACUAGUUAUUUGUUAGACGACUAUACUGUUGCUUCUGAGCUUUAAAAAAAUCCUAAAAUAGAAUAUGAUUACUAGAUCAUAUUGGAUAUCUUGGACAUUUUAUACAGAAGCUGUUGUUGUAAAACUGAAUUUUAAUUUAUUAGCUACAAAAUGAAUAAUUGGAAGGAAGUGGACAUGUUUGGAAGAUGAUUGAUUGCUGGGGAUACUGUGGAGCUGAAAUUGUACGGCUUGGUUUCUAGGGCAACAGGUUUCUCUGCAGCUGUUCAAAAAAGAAUGAAGCCAUGCGUAAGGGAGAAGUCUAUAAUCUGUUGGUAAGAUUCUACCCUAAUUUCAUGAGUGCUUUGGACUGUCCAGGCAAAUUAAAGCAACAUUUGUUAAGAAUUCAAAAUACAUUAUAACUAAUAAGCUAUGCAUCUGUGAUGUUCCCUGAAAUGCAUCAUUUUGGGCUUCUUGGGAACAAUGCUACAGCAUCACAUGGACAGAACAGAUGAAAAUAAUUUUUGUGACUUGAAGAAACAGAUUUUAUGGGCCAAUAUACUUAGGUUACAAAACAUUUGGGCCAAAAUGCAUAAACCAUAAUAAAAUAUCUCCCCACUCUGCUCCAGCUUGUAAGGCUUGUACUCUACCAUCAAGCUGCUUUUCAGAUGUGGUUAGUUAGACUGAAUAUUGCUCUUCCCAUUGCACUAAAUGAGAAACAGUAUUAAGAACAAAAACCUGAUCUUGUUGUCUCCCGUGGAAGGCAAAUAGGAAUCACAAGGAGUACCAUGCCGGGUCAUAAUUGUGUAGCAAUUAUAGCAUCAGUGCAGUGCAGCAAAAUACUCAGGGUAUACCAACACAACACACUGCAGUUGCUCUGUGUGAGGUCUUGCAAAAGUCAGAUAUGUGGAGUGUGGAGGAGUGUGAUGCCACUCUGCAAAAUCCUUGAAUCGGGAGACCUCCCGCCGUAGUACUGUUACCAGUGUUGUGACCACAAACCAUAUAAAUUAGCCAAAUGUGACCAUUACUGUAAAGCGCUUUGCAUGUUGAAAGUACUAUGUAAAUUAUAAAUAAAUAAUUUAAAAAUGAAUAUUGGAUGCCUGUAAUUCAGAGCCUUCCUAGGGCAUAGGCAAAGACACCAGUUGUGCGGUGAUAAAACUGGAAACUGCCACACGCUCCAUCUCAUACUAGUACCCAUGCCCAUGGGCAACACAGAGCAGAUGGGACAGAGGAAAGCGAACAGGAAAUGCAGUGGAUGGAACCCCAAACAGUGGGUGUCUGCUUUGUAAAUGUUGCCCUACUUGGAGCACAGCAAUUCUGUUCAAGGCCUGUUCAAGAGCUGGUGUGCCUCAGGUGAUAGUGCCUGUGGUAUCUGAGAGGAUGGUGAAAGAAAUGUGUGCAUGAGUAGAAUUUUGUAGUAAAAGCCACGUGUCUGCAAGACAAGAGUUCUGUGGUAAUACUUGAUAUACAGUAUUUCCUGUUUGUGAGCAUUCUCGCCCUGUGUGUGAAGGGUGAUAUGCAAAUGCCAUAAACAAAGGGCUGUAAUGUGUCAGCUAUUUAGUUUAGUAUUAUAUUGUUACCACCAUUGUAUGGCUUGUCAUUUGCAUUUUCUGUUCUUGGAAAAUGUAUUAAGCCAUUUUUGUCUCUUUUGGAAGUUACUUGACAUAGAUCAGGUACCUCUUACUGUUACAUACUUGCCUGCCAUUCAUAUAGUCAUUGUGCUUAAGGAUUACUUGCUUAUAUGAGAUAGCAGCUUUGAUCAGGUAAUGAUUCUGAAUACAACUUUGGGGAGCCUAGUGGUUAUUCCAUGUUUCAUGUUUAGGUUUCUGAAAGCUUCUCUGUAACUGGAGAGUUGUUCCUGUUUUAUGUAUUUUCUUUCACAACUGAACUGUAUAUCAGCUGCACUUCAUGAUUAGAAUUAUGAGUAGCCCUGAGUGUGUAUUUUAUGCUACAUUUAAAAAGAAAACAGCAGCACAUCUUUUACAGAUUAAAAAAGAGAAUUCAGCUCUACUAGUAUUGUUUUUCAGUUCUGUAACAGAACUUACACACAUGGUGUAGCUGUCAGGUUUGGUCUUGUCUUGAGAUCUAACAUUUUCCCUUUGCAUGAAAGCAGGCCUCCUUGGUGUAUUUUCCUUGUUUACUCCUUAGGGGGGUUCUUGUUUACUCCUUGGGGCAUUUUCUUGUUUAUAGUCCACAGCAGUCUUUGCCAGGAUCCUGGAUAACCGGCUGGCUUAGUGCCACAGAGCGGCAAUCCUCACAGCUGCAGAGCUUUUGAGCAACCUGCCUCCUGGCUCUUUACUGAGCAAACUCUUGGUCGGCUGUUUUGCUGCCAACACGCUGGGUGGGUUUGUUGAUUUUAAGAGUCCAGGUUUCAUUUUCUCCUUGUAUGCAGGUGGAAAGGUGGGUGGAGCAAUGAUAGCAGGUGGGAGGAACUGGCUGUCCCGAGUGCAGGCCUGGAAGAUUGUGAUUGGGGGUGGAGAAUAGAACAAGUCAUUUAAGGAGGACAUGGAAUGAACAGCAACAAAAAAACAGAGGGAGAUACUUAACUGGCAAAGCCAGUCUGUUGGCCAGUCAUGUGAUUAACAUGGCUACGAUCAGGGAGUGCACAGCAAGGACACACAAGGAGUCUCAGGAUUUGAAGGUGGCUGCCUGAAUCUCAAAGAGGGAAGUCCAUAAAGGUAAUUAUUUCCCCUGUGCUUUUCCAUUUUGUAGGAUGCUGCUUGUGAAUAAGCUAAAAUGACUGUGAAAUUGCUCUCUCUUCUGCCUGUGCCAUCUGUGCUCUUGGCUUUCUGCCUUGCCACAAGGAGUGAGCAGGAAAGGACAGCAGCUUUACAAGGUGAGACGAAAAGAAAAAGUUGUCCUGGUGUUGGUCUGUGUCUUUUAUGAAUAUAUGUAGGCUUGUGGUGCUUAGCAAUUAAGGCAGUCUGACCCACUGUUUUUUCUUCCCUGUGCCCUUCUUGCUUGACCUGAUUAGGCCUCCUGCCUUUGCAGUCACUUGUGCUUCAACCACUAAGCUCUCUUCUGUGUUUGGAUCUCUCUUUUUGGAAGAGACACACUUUAUUUAUGAGACAAUAUGAGUGUUUUGAGGGAAGAUUUGAAACUUCUUACAUGGCAGGCCUAUUUCCAUUAUUGUUUCUGUUUGGCACAGUGGGCUUUCCUAGGCCUUGCUUCCCAAUUUGAGAUUAUUUUUCCAUUGUUGUUUUAUGGUCAGUGAGAUUUGUGUGCGUACGUUUGUAUUUAACACUUGCUAUCUGAUCAUAGGGGUGUCCUAUGUUUUCCAUUUGUUCUUGAGGCCUCAUUGAAUUCCAUUUUCCCAUGACACACAUUGCCAGGUUCCUGUAGGCUUCACAUUAGCUCACUGAUGCUUGAUAUGGCUGGCUUCUGUCCUGUGAGGGCUUUUCAGUAGUCAACAUUUGUCUAUCCAUCAUUCUCUUUGCCUUCUGCUUAACAUUUGCUGUAGGGGUGCAUGGAGCUUUAGGAGAGAAUGAAUAGUGCAUACACUGUUAAUCUGACCUAUACAAUCCAGUCUUACUCUGGCCUCUGCCCAUGCUGGCCCUGCAGCCAGUGGCAAAGCAUACAGGAACUUGGGAGAAAAAAAUGGGCUAUUCUUCUCUGGGAACACAGGAUGCUGCCUAGUCAGUUGCAUUCUAAGGGGUGGCUUAGUACAGCAACAUAGUCAUCCUAUUGGCUGAUCAAAUCCUAAGUUUAUUUGCUGACCAGCUAUAUGGUGUUUAUUUGUUUUCUGUUUUUCAUUUGCAUUACUGUUGGCUGCCUUGGACAUAUGUAGAAGGAAGUGGAAUACAGUUUUUAAAAAAGAAAUUAAUUAGUAGUGGCCAACUUGUAGGGAUCUUCAAAAUAUGUGAGUGUGCUACUCUAUAUUGCAUUACAGUACCUGUGCAAACCUGUGUGUGUUAGGCUACUAGUGGCUUUCGCUCUAGUCUUCUAAUCUCAGGAGUAGGUGUCAUUGCAGUGCUGAAGAGACAGGCAAGAAUAUACAUUUGAUUUUGCCUUAGUCGGGCCUAUAAAUCCUCAGCUUCUAGUCCAGAAGUGCCAUAGACUCAUUCUGCCUUUGCCACCGUGAUGUUUGUGCCACAGCUGGAUACUAUGGGGUUAAAUUUAGUAUGUGGUGGGGCAAUGAAACACUAGGUUAGCCAUACAUGGAACUGACACAUUUAUUCCCAUUAUUAGUGCUUUCAAAUGACCAUAUAAAUAAAUAGUUGAACUGUCGUUUUAGGAAGUGAGCAGAUUUAUCUCUGGAGUGUCACAGAUAUCUGCAUACAAGAUUUUUACUUCCUUAUGAUUUAUUUUUGAUGUGGCUCACAAAAUGAUCAGGCAGUGCACGAUGAAGAAACUCUACUGUGCUCCUUCUAGAUUUAACUUGCUAUCCCUAUGUAUUGGUAAAAUAGCUUUGUUAGUACAGAGAUGAAGUACUCUUUCAUAACACAUCCUACUACAAAGGUAAGGAUGCUAACAUUUCCAUUUCCAUCGAUUGACAAUGGGGACACAACCUGCAUCUCUUAAGUCGUAUGCUUAAAUAGGGUUGUGUUGGUAUCCGUCUGUCUUGGGAGACAAUAGACGAGUGUGCCUUUUGGAGUGAAGUCAAGCUGUUGGAGAGUUACAGUGGUUCCAGAGACAUAUACAGGAGACAUAUGUUUUCUUGCAGGUGGAGCAGAAGAAGGCAUCUGGUUUUGUUGCUAAAGUUACACCAUGGUGUUUCUUCUCUCUUUGCUCAUACCAGUGGUCAUUCCUCUCGUUACUGACUGACUGUCUCCAGACACUGUGAUUGCCUGCAAAGAGUUCCCACAUGGUGGGGUUAAUGUUGCCAGCCUUCAUAUCACACUUGCAGACAUCUUUGUAACACAGUCUGCCAACAGACCUAGUUUACUAUUAUUUUUAAAAUUUAUAUACUACUCUUCAUCCAAAGACAAUAGGCCAGCUUACAACAUAAAAACACAAAAUACACAGCAUAAUAAUAAUACCCCCUUCUGUUAUUCAUUCAUUUAUCCCAUACUUCCAGUGCUUUUCCCCAUGACUUUCCAAACCGCAGAAAGCCUGAUUCUUUUUUAAAGUGGAUUUGUUGAGCUAGUGCAACAGAGCCUUUCAGUUCAAUUUAACGGCUCAGACAUAAGUUUCUGAUGUGCUCUUGAAUCCCACUUGCAAAAUAGUGACUGUCUGGAGGCACCCUUAGGCAAUUUAUGCUUGCCUAAUUGAAACAGCAACAUAAGAUGAUGUGGGGUGCAACAUUUUGAUGUUUCUUAGAUGCAUUUUUCUUCUUCUGCAAUAUGAUUUGUCUCUUAAAUUCCCUCUGAGUAUCCAUGAUGAGUAGUGCAGAAAUCUUUAUACAUGUUGCCCAAGAGGAUAAAAGAUACAAUAUUGCCUUUGUCUAACCUCUUAAAACAAUGGCUAUUUUAAUUUUCUGUCUCAUAGAAGGAGUCUUAAAGCUAUAAGUUGGUUAGAAAUUGAGAUAACCCUUAUCUUUCUCUGCCCCUCCCAGUUAUAUGGGUUUGUGUAUGCCUGCUGUGAUCCUGGGAAAAGCACUGGCAAAGUCAAUACGAUAACAUUCCUGUCUGUAGGACCAAUAAAUAAGCCAUAAUCUUUGAGUUUUACAUAGAGGUGCCUUUUCAGUUAUUGCUGUUGCAACAGACCAACCUAAUCUGCUUUUAUUGAUAAUGCUUUUGUAUAAAUUGACCACACCUUGCAAAGAAGCAAACUGGCUAGAAAGUUUGUGUGUCAUGGUGGGGGGAGUGAGAGAGUGAUCUUGGGAGCUAGUUUGCUCAGCCAGUAAUAGGUGUCAGUAUCUUCAAAGUAUUCUGUUUGUUGUGACAUUUCUUUGUGUCUUCUCUGUAUACUGGGAGAACCCUUGAGUGCCUCCCAGACCAUUUACAGACACAUUUACACAGUUUUCUUUUCAUUUAGCGCUGUAUUUGUGUUAGCCUUUGCAAAGGGAUAGCCAUGCUGACAUUCACUUAUAGAAACAGGACUGAAUGUGUACUCCAGUGCAAGCCUGGUUUGGACAAAAUGCCAAAUUGUGGUUUGUUUAAAAUAAAGAAAGGAGGAAGAAAAUGGAUCUAUGUGGCUCAUACUUCUGCUGCCAACCCAUGCUUGGGCAUUAUGUCUGAACCAGUCCUAGGGGUGUGACCACAAAUGAAAAUUCUUUGAGGCCAUUUACACUGCACCUUAGUUUUGCUUUAACCACGUUAUUCUGUGCAGUUUUGCAGGGAAGCAUUUUGCACAGCAGUUACUGGUUUUAAGUUUAUUGUGGCAAUCACAUAAUGAAGUAGAUAAUUGAUUCUCCCUUCCAGACUCUUUUUAUGAUGAUGUGAAACCAGUUUACCAUCUUGCAGGGAUGCACGCUUUGUUGUUUGUAAGUUGAAGCCUGCCAUAUUUGUUAAUGAAAUAGGUGAUGUUUAGGGUUGGUAUAACUGCCCUGAGGCAUUUUGCUGCCUGAGAGGGAAAGCAUGACUUCCCCACUCCCCUUCCAUGUACAGAAGCUGACUCUGGCAACGAGACAGCAUCCUUCACCUCACCUGAAGGCAUCAGCAAGCCCAGGACAGGCCAUAUGGCACAUAGAGUUCUGUCUUUCAACACUUCGCUACUCCUCGCCCUAAUUGGGUCAUUGCCAACACGGAUAGAUGCUGCUGUGUAGCAGCAUGUGUUGCAUGGGCAUGUGCUAAAGUUUCUGGACUGUGUGGCUUAUGCUGGUUGCCUCUUUGCAAUGCAUACUUCUUCAGUCUGGGGCUUUCCUGUACUGUGACGUGUUGAAAGAAAGUGACUGGGUGAGACAUAUAGCCAUACUAGGCCAGCAACAAGCAGGCUCACUGGCACAGGAGGGUAGGAAUGGCCAGGAGACUUAGGGGGAACAUCCAGGGUGGCAUUGUUACCACCUGAGACAAUUACCUCAUUCUGUAAUGAUAGGGUUGCCCCUGCAAAAAGCAAAGGCUCUCCCUAUCAUUAUUUGUUUAGUUAGCUGCCUGUGGCUUGGAUCCUAAGCACAGUUUCUUGGAGGUACGUUUCAAAAUUGGUAGGAUUUGCUUCCAAGUAAUAAGAUGCAUAAAAGUGAGGUGCCAGAUUACUACAGUUCUAGCAGAUGAGUUUCCUUACCCCUUAAAUUAAAUAUAUCUACUACAGUGCAGUAGGGUAUUGAUUAUCUGAUUAAGCCCUUUAACUCAUCAGAAAUGUGAGGAGAUAGUCGAUAGAGCAGAAGACUCUUUAAUCUCAGUGUCAUAGAUUCAAGCCCCACACUGGGCAAAAAGAUUCCUGCAUUGCAGUGGGUUAGAGUCAGGGGUCAGCAAACUUUUUCAGCAGGGGACCGGUCCACUAUCCCUCAGACCUUGUGGGGGGCCGGACUACAUUUUUUUUGGGGGGGGGAGAACAAAUUCCUAUGCCCCACAAAUAAUCCAGAGAUGCAUUUUAAAUAAAAGGACACAUUCUACUCAUGUAAAAACACGCUGAUUUCCAGACUGUCCGCGGGAUGGAUUUAGAAGGUGAUUGGGCUGGAUCUGGCCCCUGGGCCUUAGUUUGCCUACCCUUGGAGUAGAUUGUCCUUGUGCUGUCUUCCAACUCUAUUGUUCUGUUCUCUACUACUGUCUAAAGUGUACAAUACUUUGGACUGAUCCCAGGAUUUGGGAUGGUUGGUGUUGAAGGAGUGCUAUAUUUACAUCUGAAAGGGAUGAAACAAUUACAUUUUGUUUUGAAAUGUAGAAUUAUGUAGUCAAUAUUGAUUUGUGCAAAAUACAAGGAAUAGUAAAUGCCAAAAAAGAAAUGGAAAUCUGUGUAUUGGCUGAAAUAGGCAAAAUAUAAGAGCAGAGGAAUAAAUAUGGGUUUAAGGGCCCCUACCUGUUAGCUGUGCUGAAGUCUUUUUAAAAUGGGGCACAAGAGCUUAUGUGUGUAGUGGAUAGUGGUCAUGAUCUUUGAUAUACUUUGGGACCAUAAUACCAUUAUGAAUAAUGGAAUCUUGCUUCCUGUACAUUGUCUAAUAUACCAAAUUGAUAUCUGAGAAUCAUUUACAAAAUAAAAGGGACAGGUUUUUAAUCUCAUAGUUGCAUACUAGAAGAUAAAAGGAACUGCCUUAGUAUUUUUAAGUCUAAUAUCCCAGUCUUGGGAUGCAGAACAUACAAUGCUCUAUUAUACAUGUAUAUGCAUGGACAGGUAGUCUCAAUUUAAAGGAAUACAGUGGUACCUUGGGUUACAUAUGCUUCGGGUUACAUACGCUUCAGGUUACAGUCUCCGCUAACCCAGAAAUACUACCUUGGGUUAAGAACUUUGCUUCAGGAUGAGAACAGAAAUUGUGCUCCAGCAGCGCGGCAGCAGCAGGAGGCCCCAUUAGCUAAAGUGGUGCUUCAGGUUAAGAACAGUUUCAGGUUAAGAACGGACCUCCAUAACGAAUUAAGUACGUAACCAGAGGUACCACUGUAUAUGUGCAUUUUGAGCACACAGCGUGAAAUGGAUGCUUUCAUGGUGUAGUGAGGACUGAAGUAUACAUUUCUCUACAACAGAUCCCUUCUCACAGGCCAAGCAUGCCAGGACUAAGUUCUGACUAGUGGUAGUAGUAGUGGCAGUAGUAACAGGAGUAAGAAUAAAGGGCUGACUUCACAGCAAGGAAUGAGUGAAAGCAGAUACCAUACAGGCUCCAGCAUGAGCUCCUCUUCCUGCUCUGCCCUCUGAAUGAAACAGAAGUAAAAAAGAGACUUCAGAUAAUUUAAACUGGAAACGCUAAUAAUUUUUGAAGAGAGUUGAAAUUAGCUUUCCUUAUGUGUGUGCUUCUUCUGUUUUGCUGGUCAGACAUGUUUGGCAGGUUUUUUAGUCAAUACAGAAACCUGUUUACCAGAGGUCAAAAUGGAAUGAGUAGUUGUCUUACUUCCAAACCAAUUUUUGCUCUCCAGUCCCAGUGAAUUCCAUCCAUUUCCUCUAGACUUCCUGCAAACACAAUGAAGAUUGUAGGAUGUUUGAGUGAAGGGAACACACAAACAUUGCUUGAAAAAUAAUGCAGCAUAAAACCAUGAGCUGAAGAAGGAGAUACUGUGCAGCAAACUGCAGCCACAAAGUGCCCCUGACACAAAUGAUUCAAUCUCUUUUGCAUUUAUAAAUACAUUGUGGAGUCAGAAAUCUUUGGCGAUCACUCGUAGCUGAGUAAGAUCGUCUUCCAUAAACAUGGUUUUAACAGUGAGUCCGUAAGUGACUGUCGAGGCCAAUUCUGGAUCCACACAUCCUUCCACAGUGGGGACAUUGGUUUCCAGGCGGGAGUUGAUCACGGUGUGGAUUUGCCAAGCAUGCCUUCCUCUUAGCAUGUUUCUCCCUUGCGUCCUGAGUUUGAGUGUCUUCAAAGCCUAUGACACCUUUGGUAAAGGCUGUUCUCCAACUGGAGCGCUCGCAGGCCAGUGUUUCCCAGUUGUCAGUGUUUAUACUACAUUUUUUUAGAUUUACCUCGAGACAGUCUUUAAACCUCUUUUGUUGACCAGGAGUCAGAAAUAUGCUGUAUUUGACCAGUACAACAGUGCACUGGCUUGAGUAACUUCUCUGAAAAUGUGAUAUUCUUGUACCAAAAGCACUACCUGUGCAAAAAGCAUGAGGGAUGAUAGUGGAAACGGCCCUGAAUUAAGCUGCAUGGUAAGUGUAUCCUGCUGUGACACAAUCCAUUUAUAAAUCAGCAUUCAGUACUGUAUAUGAAAUAUUUGUGAAAGGACCCUAUGAGAAUUAGCACCCUCUGAGAUAAGUCUUUGGUUGCUUCUUAAUGCUGAGAUCCAUACCUGCCGUUUACUCCCUCCCACUAUCUGAUGGUUGGGUGUGUACUUAACAGCUCCUGUGUGUAAGCAAAAAGAGCAGCAUUUCUUUCUUCAGUUUCUUCCUGAUCAGGUAUGGGAAUGUUUGUCUAGCAGACAAAGGCAACAUAUUAUGCAUACUUGAAGGGACCCAGCCCAGUCACAGUAGGGUGUUGUUGUUUUAUUCAUAGUUUAUGGAUAGAAGGAUGAAAUAAUGAAAUGAAAUUUUGUGGCAGUACUACUCUGGCAGUUCUUUGUAGAAUAAUUAUGGUCAUGAUAGAACAGACAAGAGCAAUUGUGUAGGAUUAGGCUACAUGUAUUCAGAUGCUGAGCAGUGGGCUUUACUCCCUUGUAAGGUAUAGAACUGCAAUCCUAUGUAACUUUUGUGUUAGCAAAAAAAGAAGCCAUUCAUAUACGAAGCAAUUCAGUUUCCACCUGGGAAAUUUCAUUCAUAUAACUUUAACAACAACUGCAACAAUGAUGAUAAUGCAGUAAUGCUUAUUUGGAGUGUUUUCAGGACAAAGCAUCACAGUAGUCAGUGGACAACUGUGUUUGCAUCUACUAAAGUUAUUGCCAUUUCUGCCAGAACAUCAUAGUUGUGAACAAUUCAUUGUCUAUAUAGGACUGCUGUCCCACCAACAGUGAAAACCUUUGAUAAUGGAAGUGCUCACUUGAAUAUGAGUUCUCACCUGACGUUCUGCCAGCAGUGGCAUUAACUUUAGUAGAGUUGCGUAUUUAGGCAAGGUAAAGGUUAAGGACCCCUGGGUGGUUAAGUUCAGUCAAAGGCAACUUUGGGGUGUGGCGCUCAUCUUGCUUCAGGCCUAGGGAACCGGCGUUUGUCCACAGACAGCUUUCCGGGUCAUGAGGCCAGCAUGACUAAACCGCUUGUGGCACAAUGGGACACCGUGACGAGUGCACAGGGAACCGCCAUUUACCUUCCUGCCACAGCAGUACCUAAUUGUCUACUUGCACUGGUAUACUUCCGAACUGCUAGGUUGUCAGGAGCUGGAACAGAGCAAUGGGAGCUCACCCCAUCACGUGGACUCAAACUGCUGACCUUCCGAUUGGCAAGCCCAAGGGGCUCAGUGGUUUAGACCACAGCGCCACCUGUUCCCUAUAGUUGCAUAUUUAUGCCUACUGUUACACCAGCAGUGGUAGUCAAGAACCAUUGGGUGCCUCCAGAAUAGUCCAUCAACAGGCAACCAGAGCCCUUGAAGUUGGGUUUGAAUCUCUGGUUGCUUAUAGCAUACAAACAACACAUAAAAAGGUCUCAAAUACAUAAGUUACUCUUAAUUGAGAACUGCAUGAGAAAAUUAUGUUCCAUGUGCUACAUCACUUGGCAAGUAGAGCGCAAUGUGGAAUAAAUUCCCAUUUAAAUUUAUCUGCUAACAUGAGGGAGACUAUUUUAGAACUGGUACAUAGAUGGUACUUAGGUCAUUUAACUAUCAUAUGUGAUGGCCAUGUGUGCAAAAUGAAUUUUACUUGGAAGUCACCCCACACCAAAAUAGUAUUGAUCAGUCAGACAUGAUUUAUGCUUUGUACUUCUGGACAUUUCUGAAAAUGAUUAUUAUUCUUACAAAGACUUAUCAACUUUUGUUUAUAGCAGCUAAACUGGAUAUGUCUGAGCACUGGAAAAGAUACAGAACCUCUAUCUAUUUCUCAAUGGUAUCAAAUAAGGUGGAGGUUCACUGUCAUGGACAAACAAGUGCAUCCAUUUCAUGUACUUCAUUGUGCCAGUUCCAGUUCAUAUCAAAUACUAACAAGUAUACAGACAUGCAACUUUUUGCUCAGCAAAAUGUACUGUGUUGUACAGGUUUUUUUGAAGGUUGAUUGCUUUUCCUUUGAACUUGUAGCUCUGAAGCACUUAUUACAAUUAUAGUAUCUUUUAAAAAAAAGUUUCCAGGUGUGCAAAUGACCAGUGAAUACCACCAAUGCUUUUUUUUAUACAUUAGCAGUAUUUGGUUGGCUAGGUUUCCCCCCUGUUCUUUCCUUUUUCUAUAGUGCUUGCUUCAGUGCAUUUCCUCUGGUGCAUUGUGUGUGGUGUGUGUGUUAUGAGGAGGGUUGUUGAAUGUGAUCAUUGUGUUAAUGCCCUUAUUAUCAAUUUGUUCUCUGUUCAUUAUAAAUAAGGAAUCUAUGGCAUAGAUAGAGUUAUAGUUAGAAUCACAUAGUUAGCUGAUCUUGUUAUCAGGAUGAUAAAUAUUUAUCUCUCUUCUCUAUAGUAAAUUCACUUUAAACAGUCUUUCAGGAGACAUCACAUGGUAUGCAUAUUAAAAGUAAGUUCAGCCAGGGGGGCAGUGCCUAUGACCUGGUUGGGCAUGAAUGACUUUGUUGCUGUUGGAGUUGCGUAUUCUGUGCUUGCUGUAGAAAUGUAGGUUUAGGAUUAGGCAUCACAGAAGUAGUUGCAAUUUAACUGCUUUGCUUUAUUUAGAAUUCUUUUCGCUGACAGUUUCAUCUAAUUUAUCGUGUGUGGACCCAGAUCACUUCUAUGAUCACACCAUUUGGACCCAGCAAGAACAGGUUAAUCAUUUGUUCUGCCCUUUGGAUAACCAGAGCCUCCAGCUUCUUCAGUCUACCUCAAACUUUAGCAUCCAGUGGAGCAAAAACUGUCAUCUGCUUAACUUCACCGCGUUAAGCCACCUGCACAGCACACUGCAGAACACAACAACAUACCUCACCUUUGAGCACGCAAAUGCCAGCGAUGCAGGCAACUAUACCUGCACGCUCUACUUGAACGAUCAGAGAAACAGCUCCUUCACUGUCCGGCUGGUCAUGGCAGGUGAGUGAAAGAAGUGGGAAUUUGCAAACAUGCCUUUGGAUCCCUAACCUAACACUGACGUCUCCUCUUGGGCCCAUCCCAGGAGAAGCAGUACUGCUACUGUUUCAAGAUGGGCCACUUGUCUGCCUAAGUCUGGAUCCUAUGUUGCUCAUUAGACACAUAGUAGCUGUGAAGUAUCUAACUAUGUAGGGCAUGAUUUUGUCCGUUUUCUCCUAAACAUAAGGUACUGAUCAUACUCAAAUAAGUUAUGGCAUUAGAUAAGCCCUGGGGAUAUGAGCCAAUUUAUCAAGUGCUAUGAUCCAAAUUAUGCAUUGUCAACCAGAAGUUGGCGGGUUGAUGUCUGUGACUGUAUGUGUGGCUGUUGCUGAAGAGGGCUUCCUUUUACCUGGGAGAAAAAGGCAGACACGGAGCUCUUUCUGAGCCCUCUCUGCAUUUUAUGUUAUAUCUAAGAUGACAUAUAAAGGUAAAGGGACCCCUGACUGUUUGGUCCAGUCACGGAUGACACUGAGGUUUCGGCGCUCAUCUCGCUUUACUGGCUGAUAGAACUGUGUAAACAGAUAAACCUGGCGAAGGCUUCACUGUGGUGGAGACAUAGUUUAGGAGAGAGAGAAAAGACUUAAUGUUUCUAAAGCUGUGAUAACAAGUGAUAGUACCUAAAAUGUGGUGAGAGGUACCUGAAGCUACCAAGAUAAGCUCACUCCGUCCCCCAUUUGCUAGUUGCAUUGUCAGAGUUGAAAUGGGGAAAGACAGGUUUAAAAAAAUAUAUAUGUUGAGAUUAAAAAAAUUAGCAGACUUGUUGGGACAGAUAAGUGUGUUUUUGUCUCUGCUUAAUCUUUUAUAGUGCACUUAAACUAGGAUGGAUCACCAUUUUGGAGCACUUCAUUAUGCUAUUAGAAACAUAAAUUAGCUAAAGAUGGUCAGAGGGAGCUCAUAUAUCAUUUGAGCUGAAAUCCUGCACACACAUCCUGAGACCUGGAAGUCAGGCUUGCUAGGCACUGUAGGUCUUAUUUCUGAGAAGAUUUGUAUAGGAUUGUACUCUUCAAUUUUUGUUAUUCAUUAAGAUAAGGAUGGUAGUUGCUGAUUUCUCAGGAAGUUCUCCUGAAUUGGCUAAGGACUGGAUAUGGGCUCUAAAAAACAUAUUUUUUGUAUUGUUCUCCCUUUUAAAUAAAGGUAAAGUUUGGAAAUGAGUCCAAUACACACAGAGGUACCUACAGAAGGGAGAGCCUUUACAUUUUAAAAAAUGAUGGCCAUGAUGGCCUAGUUCUCCUUUUCAGAAUUUAAGGGAAUGUAAGGGAAAGGAAAAUUAGGGACAAGUACCUGUGACAUAUUCUAGUUUUUAAUGCAAUGUGACAUUUGCACAUUAAACACCUUAUUUUCCGUAAUAGGAUUCAGAAAGUUCUUCAUUAAAAAACGCACGCUCACAUAUGCUGAAAAUGUGUCACAUAUGCUGAAAAUAUUUAGCAUGGAUGAAUGAGUUGACAGUAUGGAAGACAGAGGGGGAAGAACAGCACUGUGCUGGACUCUGAACAGGCAGUGAGAAUAAUUAAAGUACUGGCACUAGGACUUCAAAAGUUAAUAAUUAAUACCAUAUCUCAUAUUCAGCACUUCUGUGAUGUGCAUACCCCUUUAUCCUGGGCAUUUCUCUAUUAUGGGACAUGACAUGCUUUCCAGAUAACCUGAACAUUCUGUCUUUCCCACUAUAGUCCUUACUGAAUUUCUCAUUGUUUUCUCAAGUCAAAUCAGAACUGCAGAACCAGCCUUGAGAGAGAGGUUAUACUCAGCAAUUUGUCUAGUUAAGUCGGCGAACCCACUGUGCAAGGGAGAUUGUGCUUAGGUGCAGGGUCACAGGGACAAGAGUAGCUUGACUUUCUUUGUUAUGUUAGCCAGACCUAAAUAGCCAAUAUAAGAUUUGCAGUAUGCAGUCUGGAAGUUCAGUGCUCUCAUUGAAAAGCUCUCUUACGGUGUACUGUUUUUGUUUCCCCAACAGAUAUUUGCAGUGUCCUUCCUCGUUUCCUUUAUCCCUCCAGCAAUCUGACUUUGCAACGUGAUUUGGGAAGCCAGUUUACACUGAACUGCACUGUGCAGCUGCCCUACACGAAAAGCUGUGAUUUUGGCCUCCACUGGAUGAAAGAUGACCAGUUGCUAGACAACGAAACCUUUGCUGCUUCUACUCAUUGGUAAGAAGGCUUUUAUGUAUAAUGGAAAAUAAAGCUAAAUUGGCUGUAUAAACUAGAAACAAAUUAAAAUAGUGUCUCCCAGACUCUGAAGAUAAUGGUGGAUCUUUAAGGGCUUAUGUAUACUAUUAGCCUUAUAGGUUUGUGGAAUAGGGGCAGUAGUGUAAUAUAUAUACUUCAAUGGGAGGAAAUAUCUUUGCUGUAGUAGGGUGAGAUUGAGUGAGAGUGGGAGAUUGUGUUUCUGUUAAAAAGAAAAUUGUACACUUAAGCCCUGGAGAAGAGCUUAAGAGAAUGCUCUAUGUAUCAGUCUUCAAUGGGGAGGGAGAGGAAGAAGACCCUUUCAGAUGUUUGUGGCUUCAGAACAAAUCUGGUUUCAUGAACACCCCCUUUAUUUUAGUGUUCCCACUGCAGGGGACUUGUGUUGUACGUUAUCAGUGGGGUCAUAGAUAUGUUCUACUAGGUUACUGUGAACUCAUGUAAUAUUUUGUACAUCACUCAAUAAUGGCAUGGAGGCUGUAGCUGGGAGAAGAAAAAUUGACAUUUCACUAGUAAGAAAAAAAUGCACUUUAAGCAAUAGGACAUUGCUACUAUAGUUCCACAAAAUAAGUACUUUUAUGUAAGACAAUGGGAUCCCAUACAACAACUAAGCAACCACAAUUAAUCCUUUGCUUUAAAAGAACAAGGAAAAAGAUGAUUUUGAAAGUCCCAAAAUUUCUACUAGUUUUUUUUUAAAUAUAAUUUUUAUUAACAAACCAAUCAAAUCACAUUAAUUCCAAAUUACACAGCCAAAUUUUUAAAUUUUUGUUGGGGCUACCCAUGCUUUGAGCUCAGAAAGGGAUCCAAACAUCUCUCUUGCUGCUGCUUUAAUGUUCACAGUUCUGUCCAAACAGUAUUCACAGCUCUGUUCAAUCUUCUCUUUAUUAUUUUCCUCAUCUUCUUGUUGUUGUCAUAUAUUCCUUUCUUUGUGACCUCUGAUAGUCUCCACAAGCGGGUUGAAAACAAACAUUGUUAUAUCCUGUGUGGAUUUUCAUUCCUCCAAGAGCCAUAUUCAAACAGACAGACGCCAUUUCCGCACUUCCGUACAAAACAUUCUUAAAGUCUGUCCAUUAAUCCUUGCAGGCCUGUCAGUCUCUUAGGGGGUUCUGCCAGGUCAAACUCACAGUCCGAUAUAAUAACAAGCCAUGGUCUCCUCCCCCUCGAUCAUAAAUCCUGUAGCCAGGCCUGCCCUAACAAGUCUCUUUUUAUAACUGCGUCACAAAGACCUUUCAUUCCUUUCCAGACAUUCCACAAACCAUGUCUUUGAUUAGUAAUUUAUUUCCACACAGUUCUUAAUCAUCCUGCUUGUAAUCAGUAAUUGCAACGAUUCUUCUUGGGGGGGGGGGGUUAUUAGGUACUCACAUAAGAUAAAAAAAGAAAAGUCCCCCCCCUUUCAGUCCCGUUUCAACAUACCGACCCUUUGAUGUAUCUUCUUCUUGAUAUAUUGUUAAAUCCAGCCCGUCGCUCCACUUCACAGAGGUCACUUCAAUUAGCAGUCUUUACUCCCGAUCUUCACUCAAAAUAUGUGCAUUUGCUUCUCUCUAAUUGUUUAUUAUGAGCUCCUGCAACCAGGCCGCGCAAUCAGAGACAGCGUCCGGGAGAGCCGUCCCACACGAGGGCUGUGCGCCUAGUGCCCUCACCCCCUUUUUCGAAUCUGGGGGUGAUUUAUGGCAACCGCAGGCAAGGCAGUGUUCCCCAUUCCCUUGGGGUAACAAGGGAGGCUGCAUACUCCCAUAUCAGCUUCUUAAUUACCUCGUGUGAGACGGAGAGAUGUUAUUGUCGGCCAUCUUCCAAUGCACCCCUAGCGGCCCCCCAAAUGUCUACUAGUUUUUGUGGAAGAAAAGGUUUUCAAAGGCCAACGUGAUAAAAUAGUGACAGUAUUUCCAGAUCAUAGAUACUCAAAUGGACACUCUUGUUACCAACUCACAGUUCAUUCCUUGUCCAAAUUUAAUGUUUGGUAUAAUCCAAGAUUGAUAGGGUGGAGACCUCUGAGUUUUCUUCCUGUCCGGUUCUGACUGAAAUUUCCUAGUGUUUGUUUUCAAUCAGUGCUAACGUAAAUCAUCUUCUAUUUGCACCCCAGGUUCAAUGACAAUAAAUCAGAGAUAUUCAUCUCCAGCACUUUGGAUAUGAAUGUAACAACAGAUGAAAAUUAUGGAGCAUUUGCCUGCUGGGUUAGAAACAGUACAGCAGUUUUCACACUGCAAAAAUCAGGUAGCAUUUCUUUGUACUUCAUACCAUGUGCAUUUGGGUGUGGGCCGGUACUCUAUUUGAAGGUUGUUAUCUUUAUUAAGUUGUUCAAAAAAGAUUCUGCUACUCACUAACUGUAUUCCAUAGUAGAAUUCCCAUGAGUAUUUCUGAAAUGAGAGUUGGAGAUACUUUUUUUUAAGAGUUGACAGACUACUCUGAAAACACACUUAUGGCAUUCAAUCCAAAUUCAACAACUACCAGGCUUUUAGAAGACAUCUGAAGGCAGCCCUGUUUCGGGAAGCUUUUAAUGUUUGAUGUAUUAUAGUAUUUUAAUAUUUUUUUGGAAGCCGCCCAGAGUGGCCGGGGAAGCCCAGCCAAAUGGGCGGGGUAUAAAUAAUAAAUUAUUAUUAUUAUUAUUAUUAUUAUGUAAAUUUCCCUUUCAGAAGUGACCUCUGAAAACCAAUAGAUAAGAAUAUGGCUGUGUACAGCAUUGAUUGGCUGAUGCCUUUGAAGUGUCACACACACACACACACACACACACACACAUCUUUGACCCCGCCCCAGAGCAGUUCUGCACUUUGGUUAACAAGAUGACAAAUAAACAUGAAUGCAAUACUUUAAACUCUUUUUAAUUUAAUUAUCUUUAGAAGGGCUUCUUAUCUGAAGCAUGAUGGGAGGGGCAAGUGUGAUAACUGAGCUUGCAUUUGCUUUGUACAUUUGUCAUUAAAAUGGCAGAACUAGAUAAAUCUGAGAUUGUGCAGCAGCUGAGGAAUUGAAUGUGAUUUAUAUUCUGUCUGCCUCCUCUUGAGACUCAAGUAGCCUAAGUGUUUUGGAUUACAUUUUCUAAUUACAGUCUAGAAAUGAUCCAUGGCUCAGCAUCAUUAUUUCAUUUCUCCAUUGGUGUAUGUAAGAUGCUAAGGGCCAUUUCACACAUUAUGUGUGUGUCUUGGAAUGGAACUGUGUGUGUGUGUGUGUGUGUGUGUGUGUGUAAGAAACUACAUCCUUAGGUCCAAUGUACAGGAUUCAGUAUGGUCUAUUGAGGAUGUGGGUAGCAUGGAAUCUGGUCAGAGUUUGACCCACAGUGAGUUUAUAGAGGUGUGACAGCUUCACUAUACAUUCAGUUUAUAAUUCAGUCCACAUUUUUCACUUUGUAGUGCCACUGUUCAGAUCACUCUUGGCAUGUGUGCAAAGGCAAAUGUGUUAUGGGGGGGAAGAAACAUAGUUUUGAACUAAGAUGGCUUCAAAAUUCUGAAGUAUUGUAUGACCCUCUGAGAAUUUAUGAACUGGGUAUCUCAGCUUGGCUUUACUUCUUUAAGGAAGAAGCAAGGCUUAAUUUUCUAUAUAGAAACUAACUGUUCUCAUUUAAAAAAUAGAGUAAUUUACUUUAGCCCAUGCAUGGCCAUCUGAUAGACUGAAGUCUAGCUGGGGUGAUAAGAGUAUUUGCUUUUAUGCUGUAUCUAGAUGCCUUCCUUUUCUUUUGAAUAAGUUUCUCCUGUUUAACUUGGAAUUCAAGAAUCUCGGCUGAGCCUACCUGAUCCUCUUCUUAGACUUUAGAAGAUGUUUUUGCUCUAACUGGUAGUAGGGUUGCUAAAAAGGGCUUUGAACCAGACUUACCAUGUCUCUAGAGGAGUUUAAUAUAAAGACAGCCUUUAGUGCCCUCAGUAUUGCUCCAUGCUGGCUUUAGGGGCUCAGUUUACAAGAGCAAUUUUAUGAUGGCGUCAUCAGUGAAUCUGAUGGCAGAAAAUUGCCACAUGAUGGCACCAGCAGACAAUAGAAACUUUUCUGAGGUUUUCAAUCAGUCACAGCCUCAAAUGGUUCUGCACACCAAAGCAAACGUGCUAUUAGGCUGCCCCCAAGCAACUCAGCUGUUUUGGCAUGCUUGAACACUUUCAAAUUCCUCCAUCUGGAAGUUUCCAUAGGCUGAUGGAGCAAUUCUGAGAUUAGAGCCUCAGUGUAUUUUAAAGCAACAUUCAGCAAAUGGCUCAGUUAACAGUGUAUUCCAGAGUGUUUUACAAAAAGUCUAAAUGAACAUGCCCGCGCACUUGCAGGAAGAAAUUGAAUUGGUACUGGAGAAUGUGAAUAAUUUAGUUCAUGCACAUCUUUACUCUGAAAACCUUUGAUUUACUUCUGCAUGUGCAUCUUGUGAAAGGAGAUACUUGGAAAAUCUGGAGGAUGAUCUAACAAUGUGGUACCAGAAUAAAUCUGUCUUUUAGCUUCUGCUCAUCUCUUCCUCAUCAUGGUUGCACAUUCUGAUAGUCAGAACAGUCAUCAAGAUACUAAAAAUUGUUCAAGAAUGACAUAACCCCUCAUUUUCUUUAUAAUUUGGUAUAUUUGGAGACCAUAGAACCCAACUCUUCUCUUCCUCUUUUCUCUACCAUGCUAUCAAUUAUAAGGCUGUUUUCUCAUUUAAUGCUAUUUAAAAUAUGUCUUUCUAUUACAGCAGAGACUGCUGGGCACUUGGGUGCUGUGCUAGCUGCACUUGUCACUGUGGCACUGCUGUUACUAAUGGCUGUGAUGUAUGUGAAGUGCCGUCUGAAUGUGCUCCUCUGGUACAGAAACCGUCAUGGAGAGGUGGAGAUCAAUGGUAAAUAUUGGGCUGGAGAGUUGGCUGUCACUUUUCCCCUUGUGAGAUUCGAGUUUCACUGACAGUCCAACCCAAAGUGUGAACUUCUACAAGAAUUAUCCUCUCAGUGUUAUAGCUAGUCAGCACAGGUUUUUUUUAAUAAAAAAAUUAUAAUAAAUUUCUCCCCUUGGUACUUUUCCACAGAUGGAAAGCUGUAUGAUGCCUAUGUGUCUUAUUCUAACUCAACGGAUGAUAGAAAGUUUGUCAACUUCAUAGUGAAGCCACAGCUGGAGAAUCGUCACGGCUACAAGAUUUUCCUGGAUGAUAAAGACAUCCUGCCCAAUUCAGGUAUAGAACCUUGUCCAACACCUCAUUUAAUAUGUACCUGGGCACUCAGACUUGCUGUUGAGUUCAGGCUGCAAAUAACUUAUCUGAAAUGGAUUAGUUGGCUAAAUGAAGAGAAACCUUCGGUUUAAUUUGCCCAUUUGGCAUCCUGUGUUUAAUAUGAUAGCUUUAUUAAGUGUUAAAAUAUCCAAUUGAAAUCGGUACACACACUAAGUCUGAAUAUCAGGUUAACUCUUGCAUCCAUUUUCAAACAAGAGGAGGAGAAUGCAAAAAAACACUAUUUCUGUUAGACACUGAGACAGCAGGAUGAAAGUUGGUAUGCAACUUCAGGGCAACAUUCUGCAUUUCAAGUACAGCUUAAUCCAUGUCCCUAUUUCCAAGGUAGAUUGGAAAGAUGUAAAACAUAGUGCAGUGCUAUAUCUGACUGAGAUAUUAGAAUACAGGCAGGUGUGUACAUUCAGGACACCAUUGUGCAUUUCAUAUAUGAUCCCAGCUUGACAUCUGUAUCCUUUUUCAGAGUGAAGAAAAGGGCCACAAACAUUGCAAUGCAGUAUCUGAAAUGAAGCCUGUUGAACGCUGCACUUUGCUACUUAAUAGAUGCAAAAGUAUGGCUCUGAAAAAUUACUUUGUCCUCUGGCACACUAUUUUGUGCAUCUGAAGCAACCUAAAAUAGCUUUAAUUCUAAACACCAAUAAUGGCAAAGCUGUGCAAAGUAGGAACUGAAUAUUUUAUAGACAGGCUCUCUGUUGUACAAAGAAAAAUGUAUUCUCCUUAACCACCCAGUUGUUCACAGUUAGGUUCCAUUUGCAUAUUAAGUAGGAUGUAUUCACAGUCUGCCCAGUAUAUGCUCAGCACAACUGGUGGGCUUUCUACACCUGUUCAAAGUCUGUGGCAUGAUGCAUUGCUUAACUUGCAUGACCUUGCAGAUAUGCAUUUCAUUGUGCUGGCCCGCUGCCUCUCCCUGUGCCUCCACGUUUCCAGGCUGUUAUUGCAUAUGUUUGACAAUGUGUUGUUUCUUUAUUUUGGGCACAGCUUGUUUAAUCUUCCUCCAAAGAGCAUGAAGUGUAGUUCCUAUCCAGGCAGUUUACAGGGCCACCACUGUUCUGGCUUCAGCAAUAUCACUGUAAUCAGGUGCCUUCAGACCAUUUGUUCUUAUCUUCAACUGUUUUGUUUAAUAAAACUUCUAUAAAAAGUAUGCAGCAUCCAUUUGCAUGGGGAUGCAAAACAAGCUGUGUACAAAAUGCAGCUCCUCCAUAUUCUGUAAUGCUGUCCACAGUGGACAGUUCUGGUGAAACAAGAAUACACCACAAAACAGCAUUUGUGCUCUUUGUGGUGUGUCUAAUAAUAAAAAAAUGCAAUGUUUGAGUAUACUCUUCAUUUAUUUAUUUUUUAAUGUCCUGAGUGUUCCACCAGAGGCACUCACAUCCAAAACCAAUGGUGCUGUCUGAAGGACAGGGAAGUUCUAAACAGGCUGGUUAGUUUUUAUUCCAUUGCCCGGGGCUUCUCCUUUCUGUAGAGCAGAGCGGAUAUGCAUUUGGAUGCUAGGGUAUUUCUUUCUUGUACAGGUGAAGGAUGAAUGCUGAAACAACAAUGGAUUGGUUCUGGCCCUUCUCAGAAGAGAUUUAGUUUUUCUCCUCUCUUUCAGAACCUUCUGCAGAUCUGAUUAUGAAUGUUAGCCGGUGCCGCCGCCUCAUUGUGGUUCUCUCUAAUGCAUAUCUGGAACAGGAAUGGUGCAACAAUAAUUUCAGGUAAUUAGAGUCAGUGAUAGAGACAAGUUCUCUGAUCCUCCUUUCAUUUUUGGAGGAUCAGGAAUGACUCAAGUGUGCACUCCCUCCUAUUGCCCACCUUGUUUAAUAGAAAGUUGACCAAGUUGACCAAACAGGCAAAUAGUAUGUGCAAUUCUGAUUUGGAGGGAUCACUAAAAUCACAGUUUGCUUAUUUGGUUGUCCUGGUAAACUAUGGCUUGUCAAACCAGUCAAGUGUUCCAAUAAGUUGUACUCAUAAGAGGAGGAGGGAAGGUAGAAGGGAGUAGGAAGGCAGGAGGGAGUAUGUUCCUGGCUCUCCUAUCUAUGGUUAGAAGGGCCUCUGAAUUUAUCCAAUUUCUGUAUACACCUCCAAUCACAACACCCAGAAUCUCUCUCAUAUAUCUGGAUAUGAAGCACGGCAGUUUAGUGUUAAUGCCUCUGAAACCAGUUCCUGAAGUUUUCAUUGAACUGAAACUAGUCGUGCUUAGAAUUAAAAUUGUGGGUGACUAGAUUGGGUUCAAAGCUUUGUCAAUAGUUUGGUUGUGGAUUUUUUUAGGACUCUAACCAAUUGUCUGGUUUUGCAGGGAAGGUCUUUGGAGGCUGCUGGAACUAUCCCGGAGGCCAAUCUUCAUUGUCUUUGAGAGCCAGUACCGAGAAAUAGCACAUCCAGCCAUAAACUUGCUGAAGCAGCAGAAGAGCACAGUGACCCUUCUGAUGUGGCGUGCUGGGUCCAUGGUAAGUUGUGGGCUGCAAGGCCAUAACUUCAUCACUGUGGUUAUGUUUCUCAGUGGCAAGGCAGUACUUGAAGCUAUUCAAGAAGCAUAGAAGUGUGGAGUAGCUUCUCUUCCAAGAAGGGUUGAAAUCCAGUCCUCCAUUACUUGACCUUGCUGUGAUGUAUACCAGAGUAAUAACUGUUACCUGCUUUUCUUGGCACUAAAGAGUAGCACCUUCAUGAAAGUAGGCUGAAUAUAUUUUUGUCUGUCCGUUAUUUUGAUAUCUCCUGUUAUUUACUUUUUAUUUUAGCUAUUUACCUGUUGACUAGGAAAUCAUCAGCUCCAGAGAUUUGCCAAAUGAUACCUUUUUAGAUGAACAUGGCUUGACUGCUCCAUGACUCAUGCGUGGAGGCCAUGAGCAGUGUUGUAAUCAUUGCAGAAAAUAUAGAUAAGUUAUAUUUUAACUCCAACUUUAAAGAAGCAAACAGAGCCACAGGGAGGCACCAGAACCUGAGAAAUAAGAAUUGGAAACAUAUACUUGCUUCACUCAGAGUACUCUCAGUGCAAAGAGAAAUGAAAAGAGAGGAGGAAGCUACAGACUGGAGAAGGAAAAAAGCACAAACCCUUCCCUAAAAUGAGCAUAUGCAGGGGAGCAUUCUAGCAGGAUAGAGACUUCUGGUUUACAGUUAUUGCUGUUUCUUUAUCUGUGCUAAAUGAACAAUAGCAUGCUUGUGACUCACAAUACUCCUUGCAGUUGCACAUCAGGAUAUUUAGUUAUUUUAUUAUGCUUUUCACCCACCCUUCACCUCACGGUCCCAGGGCAGGUUACAACAAUUAGAAAAACUACUGACAUGACACAUGUGUGUGUAUUUUUAAAGAACUGGACCCUUCGUUUUUUGUAAGCUGGUAUAAUGCAAAACUUGUAGCUCAUAUAAAUAUUUAAAUACAUAAGUAGGAUGCACACACAGGUAAACAAAUAACUGCAAGCAUGUUUGCAAUAGACCUUAGGUUUCCAGAACUUAGGGAGUGCAAGGAAUGGAGGGGAGGGGACAACAACACACAGUGCAAAGACACCCCAUCAAGCACCUCCCACUCUUGGGGGACAGGAAGCACUGCAGUAGAGUUCAUUUGAAGGUGGUCCUGUGGACAGAUGUGCACAAAAAUCCACAUGGAAAAAUCAGAGCUGUGCAACUCACUUGUGCAAUUAACACUCUGCUGUGCACACAACCUAUGCCUCAAGACAUAAGAAAGGGGCUUUUUGAUUUUACUUACAAUGUAAAGAAUCCUAAGCAGCUUUGUUAAACAGGCCUUUUAGACACAGCAUUCAAGGAACUACCUACUCCCCUCCCCAGCUAAUAAGAAGUUACGACAGCCAAAAUAUUUCAAAGCAGCUUUAACAGUGCCUGGAAAAUGCCAUUAGGUGUAAGGAUACUGCUUCCUUCUGGCAGUGAGUGGAUCAAAGCCACCAUAUGUCCGCUAUUUUUUUGUUUACUCCUAUCUCUAAGACAAAAUGGGAACAGCACAUUAACAUUUUUAAUAAGACUGUUGCUGUACAUGAGCAACAGGCUGCCAGUCUUGAGCUCUGUAGGUGCGAUCUUUGGCUUCUUGUUUCUUAGUCAGAUUAAAAAUCUGACUCUUUCCAAAAUAAGGCAUUAGGAGAGGAAUUAAUAUCAAGAGAGGUUUUAAAGUAACAUCCAGUGGAGUGGUCCUGUCAUGGCUAAAUUAUUUGGUUCAAAAAAACUGAAUUGGCUGUAUUCCAUCAGGGUGGAAUCUGAGCACAGCGAUCCCAGUUUUCAAGAAAGGCGACACACAAAUUGUAUACCAAUCAGUCUUAUAGAUAGCAUUAAAAAUUACAUGUAAAAUACCUCCUGUUUUGAAUCUGAAGAAUGGCCGAUGUUGCACAAUGUAAUUGCUGAAUAACAAGCUGACUUUAAAGCUGGCUGGUUAAUGCUUGACAACCAUUCUGUGCUUGCUCAUUUAAUUCCUGUGUUAACAGAAAAAAUAAGCUCUUUGCAGUUUUUGUUGAUUUUAAAACUGCCUUUGAUUACAUCAGUAGAAAUACAUUCUUGGAGAACCUCGAACACCAGCAUUGCUUGCUAUGUGUUAAUUUGGUAGUAGCAUUACCCUUAAAAACUAAGCUAAAUUAUCUCAUAAGUGGAUUGUGUCCAACUGUAUUCCUAUAUUUAGGGUGGAUUGCAGAUUGUUCAUCCUGAUUGCUUUGCAAGGAGGUUAGUGGGCAGUAGGAGUGGGCAACCUCUGGCCCGUAAGCCAGUACAGUGGUAUCCCGCAAGACGAAUGCCUUGCAAGACAGAAAACUCGCUAGACGAAAGGGUUUUCCGUUUUUUGAGCUGCUUCACAAGACGAAUUUCCCUAUGGGCUUGCUUCGCAAGAUGAAAACGUCUUGCAAGUUUGUUUCCUUUUUCUUAACACCGUUAAUACAGUUGCGACUUGACUUCGAGGAGCAACUCAUAGAACGCAGUGUACAUAGUAGCCUUUGAGGUUUUUAAAGACUUUGGUGAUUUUUGAAGCUUUUCCAAAACUUCUUUUGCAGCCAUUUGGUAAGUUAAGCUUUUAAAACUUUUUUGGGGGGGUUUGGAUUUUGGGUUGGGGUGUUUGGAAUUCAAGGACUUGGUGUUGGGGAGGGGUUUGCAAGAAUCUGGAAGCUUGUGUGGUUUUUUUCUGCAUUUUUAUGAUUUUCUGUGACCAUUGGGCCACUCUGCUGUUUUUUUUAAAAAAUUCUGGAUUUGAAUUUCUGUGUGCUGGGUGGCUGGGGGAACAGUUGGGGAGGGGUUUGCAAGAAUCUGGAAGCUUGUGUUUUUUCCCCUGCAUUUUUAUGAUUUUCUGUGACCAUUGGGCAACUCUGCUGUUUUUUAAAAAAAUUCUGGGUUUGAAUUUUGAAAUGCUCUUUACAGUAUGUGUGACUUUAAAGAGCCCUUAAUAAACUCUUGUUGUACCAAAUUUGGCUUUGUUUGGACUUUUUUUGACCAUAGGAACACAUUAAUUGAUUUUCAAUGCAUUCCUAUGGGAUUUCGUGCUUCGCAAGACGAAAAAUUUGCUAGACGAAAAAAUUCGUGGAACGAAUUAAUUUCGUCUUGCGAGGCACCACUGUAUUCAUUCUGGCAAAGCAAACCCCUUCAGCUGGCAAGAUUAUACUCUCUGCUCUCCACUCACCAGCUGAUGAGCAGGGUGUUUGAUAGUGCUCUGUUUGGCUGUACAUACCUGCUGCCCUGCUGGAAACAGGCACACACGGCGAAAGAGCUCUGUAUAUUCCAUCUCUGGUGGUUCGCAGCUCCCCUGAAAUUCCAUAAAACUAAAAGCUGAAUGACAGCUGAAUAGUACCGCGAAAUAUUGGCAUGCCUAUUGCCAAUUCUAAAAUGGGUUCAAAUUAACUAUGCAGUUGCUCUUUGCAUUUGAGAUCUUGGUGUUCAGGGUGUGUGUGUCUGCUUCUCAUCCGACUUGAUUGGGUUCAGAACACCAUCAAAUAUGCUAACAGCAUUUCUCCAAUAAAAAAUGGGCCAUUUUAGCUCUAAAAGUAAAAGUGAAUGCUAGCCUGCUUUAACUAUUGGAAUUAACUCCUGCAAUUCUUUUGAAUCAAUAUAACCAAACGUUUGUUGUAGUUAAUAGUCAGGGGAUAGUUUAUUCAACUCUGAUGCUUGGUAACCAAAAUUUUUUUCCAUUGAAUAUUUUUCCAGCAGGAAUUCUACGGUUGCAAAACUUGAUUUAAAGAAUAGUGUUUGUGACCUCUUUAUUCAGAAAUACCUACAUUUUGUUUUCAACUCUAAAAUCACACCAUGGCAGUUAAGUUUAAAUAUAAACAUAUUGAAUUGUAUCUGAUGGAUCUAUCAAAUUUCACCAGCAUAAGACUUUCCCUGUGCUCACAAUGCAGUGUAUGCAACUUCCUGUCAUGGGAGAUGCAAAAAUAUUUCUUUUGCUUCCCAAAUCUGCUUAUGUGGGGAACAUUCUGUGAAAGAUAUAACCCAUUACUUACUGGAUGCUCAAUUUCUGAGAAAGCUUGUAAUUUUUUCAUCAGUUUCUGGGGGAAUGUUGCCAUUGAUCAGGCUUUCAAAUAAUUUAUUUUUUACUGGCAAGUUCAAAAAAGGGUAUUAUCAACACAGUGACCAACUUUUCUUUAGCUGUGGCUGAAUGCUGUUAAAAGUUUGUGGAUGCUUCUGCAAUAGGACUCCAGGCUGAAUGUUUGUGGUGGCUGUUAAUUUCCUGCCAAUGUUUUUGGUUUAAUGAUGUUUUCAUUUUUGAAUUCUUGCUGUUUUAUUUACAGUGGUGGUCCUAUGUAGCUGUACAUUUUGACUUGAUAUGGCCAAUGGUCAAUAUAAAUAAUUCUCUAUUUAAUUUGUAUAUCUACCCACCUUGCUGUUCCCCAGAGAGGCACACUAUCAGAUCAGUUAGGCUGAAGUAGCAACAAGGACGCAGAAUGGAUUACGUGGAAAUAUUGUGGUUUCUUGUGCCUGAAAAGGCUGUAAAGCAUUGCUGGAGGUUCCUGUCAGCUAUGCCCCUUUACCUCAAGGGUGCAGGCAGCUCCCAGUAUCUGUCUCAAAUUCUUGUAACCUCUAUAGGUCACUUUCUCCUCUAGGGCUAUGGCUUACUGCAGGCUUCCUCAAACUCAGCCCUCCAGAUGUUUUUGGCCUACAACUCCCAUGAGCCCUAGCUAGCAGUGGUCAGGGAUGAUGGAAAUUGUAGUCUCAAAACACCUGGAGGGCCAAGUUUGAGGAAACCUGGCUUACUGCAUGCAGCUGUAGCUUGCAGCUAUGGUUUACUGUGAUGUACAGACUGGGCCACUAAGGUGAGAUGAAGUUAGGAAAUAGCAAGCUUGGGAAAGCUAUCUGUGCGAGGCAUUGAAGCAUUGCAGUCUGUUUCUGAGUUUUUGCUGGAUACCAGCCACAUGUUCUCUUGCCUUUUAUCCAUGAGGACAAAGCCAAAAGCCUUACUUUAAAAAAAAGAAGGGGAAAAAAAAGAAUUCACUCAAUUUAAAAUUGCACUGAAAUCCUAGGUUAAUGGAAAGGCGAAAUCUGUUGCUUUAUCUGGUCACGAAAGCCUUCCAUCAGAAGUAAUGCCACUUAAUACCUCUUAGAUUUUGCAGUGUGUUUCAUCUCAAAGAUGAAACAAAGCUGAAUGGGAAAACUGUUGGGGGAGCUGUAGAUCCCUCUGUUGUAGUGAACAUUUAUCUCCCUCUGUUCAAUCCUUUGAGAGCCAGACAGGGUGCCUGUGCUUCAUAGACGAGGAGCUCCUGUGAGAACGCUGCCCUCAAGGCAGGGCUGCUGGGACUUGCCUACAGAUAUAUCGCACAAGGGUUUGUGUGUAACUGAUGAGCAUGUGACAACAUGCUGCCUCUUUGCUGCUUCUAGGCGCCUUCAUCUGAUUUUUGGAAGGAACUGUGCCUCGCCCUGCCACGAAAAGUGUCCUAUCAAGGCCUUAGGGGAGACCCCCAGACCAGUUUCCAGGAAGACAAGGACCCUAUGCUGAUCCUCAACAGCAAUUACUUGGAUUUCCGGGGGGAUUCGCACCCUGAAGGAGACUCUGGUAACAGCACUGUUUAAUCUUCACUCUGUCACCAUAGCAUGCCAACAGGAGAACACACAGUUGCUCUUGAUCCUGCUCUGUGGUUUUUUGUUUUUUUGAGUGUUAGUCCACAGUUAGCCAGAAAGAUUCUCAAGUGAGGCUCACAAUUAAGUUUGAAAGAAAAAAACCCCAUUAAAAAAUCACUUGAUAGAAGAACACUGCACUUGCUAAAAUUAGCAAAAGUAUAGCCCAGCAGCUUUAUUAAUCAGUCAGCCAGGUGCCUUUCUACACACUGCCAUGAGCUAACUGUGUGCUUCCUGCCUGUAUUAUUACCGCUAUUUUAGUAUGGUAUGCCAAAACCCUAUGUACACUUACUUUAACGUAAGUUCCAUUGAACUCAAUCCUUUAGAGUGGAUAUGUCUAGGAUCAGGCCUCACUUUUGAUUACAAAAGCUAAGGCUAGUCAGAUGGUAACCACCCCCCCCCCCCCAAAUUAAAGAUGCUUUGGAAUAUGUGAUCAAAUUGUGCUAUGUAUUCUCAUCUUAGUUUCACCUCUAGGAAAUAGGUUUCUUCUUUAUUUCAGAAUUAUCAAAACCUGUUCAGCCAAAGGUGACAGUGGAGACCAAUGGAAGUGAAGCCUCUGCACCCACUUUCAGAUUCCUUAAAAUUUAUUUUCUCCACUUUAAGCCUGUGUAGUGUAGUCAGAUCACAAGCAGUAGUAUUUAUUUAAGGCCUUUAUAUACCAUCUGACUUGGCAGAAUGUGUCUACUUUGGUUGAUCACCAGGCUUGGUCACCAUUGUAUGCUGUGUCUGUGGCUUCCAAAUGGCAUAACAGGUCUUCCUCUUUCUUUCUUUCUUUCUUUCUUUCUUUCUUUCUUUCUUUCUUUCCUUCCUUCCUUCCUUCCUUCCUUCCUUCCUUUCAAUGGCCAUUCCAGAGUUACACCUAAUUAGCUGAUCCUUCAUCAGUCAAACAACCAUUGCCUCAAUCCAAAUGAAAUUAUCUUCCCUGUCAUGCAGCAGUCCACAGAUACAUACUGUGGCACAUUUUGUAGCAGAAGAAUUAAUUCAUUUGUUUUUCCCAUUCACUGCUAACAUUGGAUAGGGAGCAGGGCAGCAUGUUUUCAUAGAGAACAUGUUAUUUUGGCUGUGAAUCCAUUUGUGUGUUUGUAGAGGAAGAAAGGAAAUAAUGGUGUCAUUAUUGCUACAUGCUUCCUUAGAGUAGCAAUACCAAGGAGUGGAAAUUUACGUAAUUUACCACCUCCAUCUAUCAUUUAUGUGCAAACAUACCCAAGAGUUCAUAAAAGAAAUGGGUUUUAUAUCCACCAAAGGGCAGUUUUCCAUUCUCUGAGCCUGAGACUACAGAGAGCUUGGUGGUUUAGUCCUGACAUCCUUUUUCCUAGGCCUGUGGGACUAUGGCUGUACAAUGGAUCAAUGAGUAGGAAGCGCACCUGAGGCAUCGGUUCCAGAGGUUGUGAAGAACAAGCUCUGGCCCUAGGGAUUUGUUAACACAGGCUGAGCACUUGCAAAGCAAUACAUUUUAAUUUUAGUAACAGGAGCAAAAUAAGUUCAGUGGUCAUAAAAGAUUUACGAGCGACUGGCAAGAGCAAGCCCAGCUCGCUUGUACACGGUGAUUUUAUUGUCAAGAGAAGAACAGAGAAAAUAAUGGGUUUGGCUGGGCUUUUCUUUUAGUUGAGACAGCAGCGUUGGGCUUAUUUUGCUGAGGGUGUUGCGUUCACUGUCAUUAAUAGGCCUUGUUUCUUGUGUGGCGCGGCUGUGCACCUUGUUGGAAGCUUUCCUCAUUAGUCUAGUUGCUCCAUACAAGAGCAUGCCAGGAUGCUUGAGGCUCCUCAUUCUCUCGCUUGCAAAGGGAAUAGUUGCUUGGAAGACAUUUCAUUCUCACUAGGAGCGCCUGAUUUUUACACACACACACACACACACACACACACUCCUGCUUGAGAGAAAGUGAUGCACAUUAAAUGUAUUUCACGAGGCUUACAAAGGUGUUACCGGUUUCUCUUCCCAGCUCCCCUCCUGAGGUCUUUGAAAUGCUGCCUGUUAGUGCUAAGGGGAAGAGCAGCUUCUCUCAGACCCUGGGCAUUGGCGAAAGGCAGGACUGAAGCCUCCUCCAGAUUCCCUAGGUGUUGAAAUAUUCAGGCCCCUUACUCUUGUCUGACAUGUCAAGGCAUGCUCUAAAAUAAAACAUUUAAAUUAAGUUUAAAACUGCCAACUGACUCCCAAGCUGCAUGAGAUACAGGAGGUCUAUAAUUAGAUCUCCUGACAUUUCUGCUUUUAGUUAAAAGUAGCCAGAGGCUCCAGCUUUGAUUAGAGCAGUGACCCUGAGCCUCAGACCUGAGGAAAAAAUUUUUUGAACUCUUUUCACUGUGCCAUUACCCCAAUCUGUACUGUCUCCUAGUUAUAGAUCUCCUGCAUCUCACGCAACUUGAUACUUAAAUUGGUUUAAUAGUUCUUCCUUCUCUCCGGCUAGCCUUAGCAACUAGUUCUUUGAGGAAGGAUAGCAAUCUCACUGAAGUACUAUUCGCAGAAAUGUUGGUGGGAAGCAAUGAUACUUAAACUGGUGUUUAAACGAGCUUGAACUGUAUAUAUGUCCUGCUUGUGAAUACAGUGGUACCUCGGGUUAAGUACUUAAUUCGUUCCGGAGGUCCGUUCUUAACUUGAAACUGUUCUUAACCUGAAGCACCACUUUAGCUAAUGGGGCCUCCUGCUGCUGCCACGCCACCGGACCACGAUUUCUGUUCUCAUCCUGAAGCAAUGUUCUUAACCCGAGGUAAUAUUUCUGGGUUAGCGGAGUCUGUAACCUGAAGCGUCUGUAACCCGAGGUACCACUGUACUUACAGAAAGUAUAGUGGCACUGGUCAUUUUAAAGCACUGCAACUUGUCUCAUUCUGCCUUGCCAUCCCUUCCUCUCUGCUAACUGCUACCUUCUCCUUCCCAUCCUACAGGUGGCAGGGGGUCCAUUUUCAAAGGCGCACCGCCUCCUCCCAUGAGUGGCCCUGAUGGUCCUCCACUUGGUGCUUUGGAAGAAAUACAUCUUGGGGAAAACCAAAGGAGUGAGAUUGACAUCUCUGAUUUGGGAUCUCGGAACUAUGGAGCAAGGACAGAUUUCUACUGCCUGGUGACAGAGGAUGAUAUCUAAGAGAUGCUGCAAUUUUCCUUGGUGAAACUGAUUAUGACGAUGUGCCUUGACAAUGACAAUCAGCUUGGGUAGUUUCUUUGAUCCAUAACAACCAAAUUGAGUGCUGUAGGGCUCUGUCCUGGGCCCCACACUCUUCAUAAUAUUAAUCAAUUACUUAGCAGAAGGGGUGGAGGGGAAUCCUUAGCACAUCUAUGAAGGACGUGGAAAUGGGAGGGAUCACUAACACCUCAGAAGACAGGAAUAAAAUUCAACAUGAUCUCAGUGGGUUGGAAACUAGGCUGAUUAACACAUGAAGUUCAACAGAGACCAAUGCAAAAUUCAAAUGCACAGGUUUGGGUGGUGGGAAUACCUAGGUUGGCAUGGCAAUAGUAUACGUGAGAAGGAUUUUAGCAUUGUGUUUGAUCACAAGCUGACUAUGUAUGAGUCAGUGGUGUUAGAUGACUGCAAAAACAGACUAAUAAGAUUUUUUUGCAGCAUUAAUAGAACCAUGGUUUCCAAGUCACCAGAAGUGGAACUGUGGCAGUGGACCCGGUUACCUAGAGGGCAGGUGGUUUCCUGCUCUGGAAGUCUACACGAAGAGGCUGGAUCUGAAUUGAUAUAGUCCACAAUAUGGGUAUCUAACCUGAGUUCAUGUGGGCCCCCAACCUAACUUUGUCUCAUCACCCAACACCUCAGCACUUUGGUGGUGGCAGCAAGAAGAAACAAAAUCAAAAUUGACAGUGUUUGAACGCGACCAGCUGCAUACCUGUGCAUGCAGGUGUGUGUGUGUGCGCAUGCAUGUGCAUACAUGCAGGAGUUAAGGUUAGUCAAGAGUAAAUGCAGCCUUUGGGCCCAAAAUGUUAGCCACUCCUUGUCUACAGUAUCCCUUCCAACUCUGGUUUUAUAUCACUUCAGCACUGUAAUUGUUGUGGGGGGGGAGAGAGUUCUGUUAAUCCUGAAAUGUGCAAGACUUUGUUAGUGCCUUAUACUUUGAUUAUCUUUAGUUUGUAUAACUACUCAGGAUCAAGGGAAGUUGUUAGGAACGAAUGACCCUAUUGUAUGUUCUUGGGUGAGGAUCUUGCACUAGGUCACUAUGCUGAGACCCCAACAACGUCUGUCAGACUCCUUUGUUUUUGCUAACAUCUCUGGAUAGCCCUUUCUAUUUCAGAAAUGGGCACUGAUGACUGGCCAACAUUAAGGUAAUAGAACAAAGGAAAAUAACAGCAAUUUGGUCUGGCGCUGCUGAGACCCUGUUGUGGCUGGAAACGUAUCAGUCAAAAGCAGUGUAAUGGAGGCAAUGUCUUGGACAAAACAGAUUAGAUUAGCCAUUUAGUUUCCGAAUGAAAAUCACAUUGACAGCUGCAGCCCUUGGGUAAGUAGCACUUUCUAAGAGCUUUACAGCCGAUCCUAGUCACAUUUACUUGGAAAAUUUGCCUUAAGUUAGUUACGGUAGUUUGUGAGUACAGCCUUAGCAAUACAUUGUUGCCACUAAGUGCAGAUCAAUGCCUAGGAUGGAAAGAGAAGGGCUAUAAUGUUGAUGGAACAUCUGCCUGAACUUCAAGAAAAGCAUAGCUUUUGGGGGAGGGAGGAUUUGAAAAGUAAUGACACUGAAAGUUCAGAAUGAAAAGGUCAAGUUUUACUUACGUUCCAGCUAACAAAAUUGUCACAGCAAGUCUUAGAAAAGGUUGGCACAUGGUCCUUUGUCCUCUGCUUCUUUGUUUUCUUCUGGCAAGGCUCUGAGUAAGUAGCCCACCAAAAGGCCUAAUUGCAAUAAUGGCACCUCAAAAAGUGUUUCUUAGGCUGUGUUUAGCUGCUAAUGUUGUUUGCUGCCUAAACAGUUCACUGGGCAGGUGUUCUUGCUUUAAAAACAUUGUAUGCACACCAGAAAGUGGCUAAAUAAAUAAAUAUUUUAAGCUAGCUGUUUUGUGGCAUAAGUAGUCACUGGGCUGUCAACUUCAGCCUCUAGAAAGCCGAUGUCUUCACGUUAACUGGCAUCUAAAGGGUUAAGCCUUGACUUGGGGAAAAACUGGAGCUUCUGCAUAUCAGGGUUGAGUUGUGUCAGGACUAAAUGGGCACUACUAACUUGGUCCAGCAGCUAAAAACAAUGAAAAUGGAAUUGACAUUCUCAUGGUCUUUAUAUGCACUAAAAUUUCUUCCCAACCAUGAACACUAGCACUGUCUAGUCCAUUGGUGCUUAAUCUUGAGGCCAAACUGGAAAUAACACUUUAUCUGGAUACAAUUCCUCUGAAUAUGCUAAUGACUUUUGCCCCUCGCUUUCCUCCAGCCACAAAGAGGUCUAGUUUAGUGAAUGUCUGCAUGGGGACUCCUCUUGCUUCCAGUUCAGCUCUUUAGGUCACAGUGAAAGUGGUAGUUGUGUCCUGAGAAAAGAAAUACAAUGCACUGUAAGGCUGCUGAUAACACUUUAUGUUUGCACUGUUUACACAGAUGAGCAGGACUGCCCCACAUAGGUUGAAGGCUCAUAAGCAUAUCUACUGAAGGCAUUAGAUAUAUUUAUGAAUGUGUUUCGUCACGGAAGAAAGGCAUAUGCACUAGUCAUCUUUAAUAAUGGGGAUAGUAACUAGGAGACAGGAGGCAGCCUUAUUCCUUUCAAAAUCAUUAUCUAGCAGGAGAGGAAACCUCUUCAGUUACACUCUAAUCAGCAUACUUCUGAAAUACUGCUUUCAUUUUUAAGGGCUUUUCUGAGGUUAGUUUUUUAAAGGUUUUUUCAUUUUGCUAUAUUUGUGCUAGUCCCAAUUUAGUGCCAGAAGCAUGAUAUUUUGUUUGCACGCAAAAAAUAAAAUAAAAUGGUAUUUUUGAGGGCUGGGGAUUUUGGUGUACGUUGCCUAAUAAUAAUAAUAAUGCAUUAGAUAACUUAAUGCUGUUAAAAGCAUUAGUUACCAAUGUGAAAGCUGGCAAAGAGGCGGCACUAUUUCAUAGUGUUUUUAUAGUUAUAAGUUGACAACAAAGCAAGUGUCAAAAGAAUUUGAAGAGCGUUUUACUAAGAACAUUUUAAAAUUCUAAAACUUAAAUACAUAAGAAGCAGGAAACCAGCCAAUGAGGCAGUUGUAUCUGUAGACAACUAUGGAGUGGUAAGAUUGCUAAAGAGGGGGAGAGAGAAAUUGUAGAAAAGUAUAAUCCUUUGCAUUGAACUAAACUACUUUUUUAGUUCAUGCGGCGUAAGGUAUGAGGGCUAAAAUUAACAAUCCCUCAUAUACAGUUGAAAUGCACCCAAGAUGCAUUAAAUAAUAAAAAUAUGCAAUCUAUCACUAUAACUGGGCUAACUAAAGGAUACCCAGUCCGUGUGUGUGUGUGUGUGUGUGUUUGUUUGUGUAGGGAAGCCCUUUUAAAAGAUAUCUUCCAGUAAAAUCAUGAAAAGGAUGUUAAAUAGAGAAUUGUUACAGCUACUGAAGACAAGCCUUUUUGAGGAAUAGUCAACAUGGUUUCUGAAUGCAAAAAAGUCCUGUAUCAUAAGUCUUUUGUAGUUCUUUAUGCAUGCCAGCUGCCAUUUUCUAUGUGGAUACAGGUAAUCCUCUGGGCAUUUUCAGUUUUUCAAGGUGUUACAUAUUCUCUCCAUGAUAGAUAUUCAUUACAGUUGUGCCUUCCCUCAAAGAAUCCUGGGAAUUGUAUUUUGGCGAUGGUGUUGAGGAUUCUGUUCUAGAGCCUUUCUCCAGUUCAUGGAAUCACAGUUCCCAGAGUUCUCUGGAGACAGAAUGGUAAGCCCGAGUCGUAAACUCAAAGUAUACAUGCCACUGACACAUGUAGAAUAUAGCAUAACAAGAAAAAGUAACAGCAAUAAAUGGUCAAAGCCUUU